AUGUCUCUUUUGGGGACAAUCAACCCUAACCCGACCCGGUCCCAGUCCGUGGUCAGUCACAAUAUACCGCAAUUACAGGAGAUUGAUGAAGUCUCAGUGGCUCCACCAACGCAGAGCAAUAGGUCGGAAAGAAGUGAAGAUGGCGUGACCCUCCACGAAGACGAGGAAGAAAAGAUGGAAUCUAGAAUUGGUGCCCUCGCUCGCCGGCUCACCCGACAUUCGACUCGAUACUCUGUCAGCAGCGGCCUUGAGAAUCCCUUCACGACCGAUGUGUCUGAUUCAACUGUCAAUCCGCACAGCCCCAACUUCAAUGUUCGCAGCUGGAUGAAGAUGCUCUUGGCUAUCAGAUCUCGUGAUCCUGAUAGAUACCCAGACCGAAAAGCGGGUGUAGCAUUCAGAAACCUCAGUGUCCAUGGAUUCGGGUCUCCGACUGAUUAUCAAAAGGAUGUCCUGAAUUGCCUGCUUGAGGCUGGAACGAUCAUUCGACGACUGGCCGGUAUCAAGAUGCCAAGGAUUGAUAUUCUUCGCAACUUCGAUGGUUUGGUUAAAAGCGGAGAAAUGCUUAUUGUGUUGGGAAAGCCCGGAUCAGGAUGCUCUACCCUUUUGAAAACAAUCGCGGGCGAGAUGAAUGGCAUCUCGAUGUCCGAGGACUCGGUGCUAAACUAUCAAGGAAUCUCGGUACAGAAAAUGCGCAAAAACUUCAAGGGCGAAGCUAUUUACUCCGCUGAAACCGAAGUCCACUUCCCCCAGCUUUCUGUUGGAGAUACACUGUUGUUUGCCGCCCUUGCCCGAGCUCCCCGCAACCGCUUCGAGGGAAUCACCACCAACCAAUACGCGGAGCAUAUGAGAGAUGUGGUCAUGGAAAUGCUUGGUCUGUCACAUACGAUUAAUACCCGCGUCGGAAACGAUUUUAUUCGUGGUGUAAGUGGGGGUGAGCGAAAGCGCGUCAGUAUCGCCGAGGUCACCUUGAGCCAAAGCCCGUUGCAAUGUUGGGACAACAGUACUCGAGGCCUUGAUAGUGCAAAUGCCUUGGAGUUUUGCAAGAAUUUGGCGCUUAUGAGCAAAUAUUCCGGCACAGCUGCCUGUGUGGCGAUUUACCAAGCCUCUCAGAGCGCCUAUGAUGUGUUCGAUAAAGUCACUCUGCUCUAUGAAGGACGACAGAUUUACUUUGGUCCGACGAAUGAAGCAAAGCGAUAUUUUGUGGAUAUGGGAUUUGAUUGCCCUAGCCGUCAAACCACUGCAGAUUUCCUGACGUCCAUCACCAGUCCAGCGGAAAGGAAGAUCCGUCCAGGAUUCGACGGCCGUGUGCCUCGUACACCGGAUGAAUUUGCGACAGCCUGGAAGAACAGCAGCGACCGAGCCAAGCUGCUGAAGGAUAUCGAAGAAUACGAGCAGGCAUAUCCCAUCGGAGGGCCAGCAUAUGAUGCCUUUCUCAAUGCUCGUCGGGUAAUGCAAGCAAAGCAUCAGCGCCCGGGAUCACCUUACACUAUUUCAAUGCUAAACCAAAUCAAAAUCUGCAUUGUGCGCGGAUUCCAGCGCUUACGAGGUGACUUCAGUCUCACUAUGACGGCACUUGUUGGCAACUUUAUCAUGGCGCUCAUUAUCGGUUCCGUUUUCUUCAACCUUCCCGAAACAACUGCCAGUUUCUAUGCACGGGGCGCACUUCUUUUCUUUGCCGUUCUCUUGAAUGCAUUCUCUAGUGCGCUCGAGAUUCUGACUCUAUAUGCUCAACGACCAAUCGUGGAGAAACAAUCGAGAUACGCCUUUUACCAUCCCUUUGCAGAGGCAGUGGCAUCGAUGAUAUGCGACGUACCAUAUAAGCUGAUCAACUCCGUCACUUUCAAUAUACCCUUGUACUUCAUGACUGGCUUGCGUCGAGAGCCUGGUGCUUUUUUCACGUUCUGGAUCUUCUCCGUGGUUACGACAUUCACAAUGUCGAUGGUAUUCCGCACAAUCGCGUCGACCUCCCGAUCCUUAUCACAAGCACUCGUCCCCGCGGCGAUUUUGAUUCUCGGGAUGGUUAUCUAUACUGGCUUCACGAUUCCUACUCGUAAUAUGCUGGGCUGGUCACGUUGGAUGAAUUAUAUCAACCCCAUCGCCUAUUCAUUCGAAAGCUUCAUGGUCAAUGAGUUCCAUGACCGAACAUUCCCAUGUGCCGACGUUAUUCCAUCUGGUGGACAGUACGAUGGUAUUUCAAUGGAAAAUCGCAUUUGCUCUACCGUCGGAGCGGAAUCAGGGUCGACGCUUGUGUCGGGGUCACUGUACCUGGAGCUAAGUUUCGAAUAUGUGAAGUCACACCUCUGGAGAAAUAUAGGGAUUUUGAUCGGUUUCAUGGUGUUCUUUGCUUUAUGUCAUCUCCUUACAACGGAGUACAUUUCUGAACAGAAGUCCAAAGGCGAAGUUCUUCUCUUCCAGCGUGGCCAGCAACCAACACAACCCAUAUCCAACUCCGAUCUUGAGGCAGCAUCCUUACCAAACAACAGUGAGAAAACUACUGAGUCGAGCCCCCAAGCCACAUUAAUCCAGCGCCAGACGGCCAUUUUCCAAUGGCAAGAUGUUUGUUACGACAUCAAAAUCAAAGGCGAACCACGGCGAAUCUUGGAUCAUGUGGACGGCUGGGUGAAGCCUGGAACGUGUACUGCUUUGAUGGGUGUCUCUGGCGCUGGAAAAACAACUUUGCUCGACGUACUUGCGACAAGAGUGACCAUGGGAGUCGUCACUGGCCAGAUGCUUGUUGACGGGCAGCCUCGCGAUCAAUCAUUCCAGCGAAAAACAGGCUAUGUGCAGCAACAAGAUCUCCAUCUGCCUACCUCAACGGUUAGAGAGGCCUUGGAAUUCAGUGCGAUCUUACGGCAACCAGCAUCGGUUAGUCAUAAGGACAAAGUCGCUUAUGUGGAUGAAGUGAUCAAGCUGUUAGGGAUGGAGGCUUAUGCGGACGCUGUUGUUGGUGUUCCGGGCGAGGGAUUGAAUGUGGAACAACGCAAACGCUUAACGAUUGGCGUUGAACUUGCCGCUAAACCCCAGCUCUUGCUUUUCCUGGAUGAGCCAACAAGUGGCUUGGAUAGUCAGACAUCAUGGUCGAUCUUGGACCUCGUUGAUACUUUGACCAAACACGGCCAAGCCAUUCUUUGCACUAUCCAUCAACCAUCGGCCAUGUUAUUCCAACGCUUCGACCGAUUGCUCUUCUUAGCGAAGGGUGGGAAGACAAUUUACUUUGGUGAAAUCGGCCAAAAUUCCCAAAUUUUAUCGCGUUACUUCGAGUGCAAUGGAGCAGCACCUCUAGAGCCUGGAGAGAAUCCUGCCGAGUGGAUGCUGGACGUGAUUGGGGCAGCGCCCGGCUCUCAUAGUGAUAUUGAUUGGCCGAAGGUCUGGCGAGAGAGCGCCGAACACAUCAAAGUAAAGGAGCACCUCUCACAACUCAGAGAGACGCUCUCAGUUCAGCCUCGCGAGGAAGCCGGGCCAGAAGCCUAUACAGAGUUUGCAGCACCAUUCUAUGUUCAACUUUACGAGUGCCUUGUUCGCGUCUUUGCCCAAUACUUCCGAACUCCGAUAUAUAUUUGGUCAAAGGCGGCUCUCUGCGUCCUAACCUCGCUCUACAUUGGUUUCUCGUUCUUCCAAGCCAGCAACUCCAUCCAAGGGCUACAAAACCAGAUGUUUAGUGUUUUCAUGUUGAUGACGAUUUUUGGAAAUCUCGUUCAACAGAUUAUGCCCAAUUUUGUCACACAGCGGUCUCUUUAUGAGGUUCGAGAAAGACCAUCAAAAUCAUACUCCUGGAAGGCAUUCAUGGCCGCCAACAUCAUUGUUGAGUUACCUUGGAAUGCCUUGAUGGCGGUUUUGAUCUACUUCUGCUGGUACUAUCCGAUCGGCCUAUACAACAAUGCCUCACAAGCAAAUUCGGUGACUGAAAGGGGUGGUCUUAUGUUCUUACUGAUCCUCACAUUCCUCCUGUUCACGUCGACCUUUGCACACAUGGUGAUCGCUGGUAUUGAACUGGCCGAAACUGGCGGAAAUGUCGCGACGAUGUUGUUCUCGCUGUGUCUGAUCUUUUGCGGUGUUCUUGCGACAAAGGACGCUCUUCCAGGAUUCUGGGUUUUCAUGUACCGCGUGUCUCCAUUCACCUAUUUAGUCUCUGCCAUGUUAUCGACAGGAUUGUCAGGUGCAGAUGCUAUUUGCGAGAAAGUCGAGUAUCUGACAUUCAAUCCGCCGUUUAACCAGACCUGCGGCGAAUAUUUGACCCCCUACAUCGACAUGGUGCACUCUGGAUACGUUGAAAACCCGGACGCAACGUCUGACUGCUCCUUCUGCUCGGUUAGCAAGACCGAUACAUUUCUCGCAGCCAUUGGGAGUAAUUUCGAUGAUGCAUGGCGAAAUUUCGGUCUGAUGUGGGUGUACAUCGCCUUCAAUAUCGCGGGCGCUGUAUUCAUUUACUGGCUUGCGCGCGUACCCAAGGGCAAACGAGCUUCUGGUGCUACUUGA